AUGGCUGAAAAAAUUGACCGUGGGGUGAACAAUGGGACUGCUCCUCCAAUUUUUAAGCUUGGAGAUCAAAACUACCAUAGCAUUGGUAGCUUACUUCCUCCUGAUAGUUUGCGACCAACAUUUGCUCAGCUAUAUAUCUAUGACACAAAAAAUAAGAUUGAUAAUCGAAUAGGCACACUUCGUUCCAAUGAAGCUAUAAAUGAGCGGGAUAGAGAAAUUGUGGCAAUAUUAAGAAACAUGCUAGACAAAUAUAAUAGUUUGGCAAAGAAUUUUCGCUAUGUAAGAGAUAGGUACCAACAGAAAAAUUGCACAAACAUAAAGCUUAAGUUGAUUAGUCAAAGGACUACAGAUGGCAGGACAUACAACUUGCCAUCUGCAUCUGAAAUGGCUGCAUUGAUUGUUGGCGAUGUCGAUCAACUUAGCAAAGAUAGAGAUAUUAUUAUAGAGAGUCAAUCUAGAAAGCUCCAGCGGAUUGAUGUUUUUCAUCCAUCUUAUUUAGCCUUGCAAUAUCCAUUGUUAUUUUCUUUUUGGGAGGAUGAAUUUUGUUUGGGUAUUGCAACAUCAGAUUCUAUCUCUGCUAGACCUACAAAGAAAAACAAAACAAUCACUUUACGACAGUUCUUUGCUUUUCGGUGUAAACAACCACCGUUGAGGGUUGAUAAAUACAAAUGUCUGCAUGAAAGUCUUAUAAACGGGGAUGUAUAUGCUGCAAGGCUUGGCAAAAGAAUCAUUCUUCCCAGUACUUUUACCGGUGGACCUAGAUAUGCAGAAUAUCCUAUCUAUUUUAUUACCAUGACCUAUAACCCUGAAUGGGAUGAGAUAAGAAGAGAAGUGACUCCCAUUGGAUUGAAGGCAAAAGACUGUCCUGAUAUAUUGUGUCGAGUUUUCAAGAUCAAGCUUGAUUGUUUGAUUGAUAACCUAAAAGAGGGAAAAAUCUUUGGCAAAAUUUUGGGAUAUGUUUGCACUGUAGAGUUUCAAAAGAGAGGGCUUCCGCAUGCACAUAUCCUUUUAUUCAUGAGUAACAAGUUCAAGCCACAAAUACCAGAUGACAUAGACAAACAUAUAACAGCUAAGAUUCCUGAUGAAAAUGAAAGGCCAAAUCUACAUGGAGCUGUUCAAAAUUACAUGGUACAUGGUCUAUGUGGUCCGUACAACAAGAAUUCACCUUGCAUGAAGAAUGAAUCCUGUUCAAAGUUCUAUCCUAAAGAGUUUAGACAACAAACACUCAUUGACGAGGCUAGAUUUUCCAAAUAUAGGCGUAUUGAUAACAGUCGAACAGUGAAGAAAAGGGAAUGUGUACUAGACAAUAAGUUCAUUGUUCCGUAUAAUCCAGAAUUGUUGCUCAAGUUCGGGUGCCACAUAAAUGUGGAAUACACAUGCCAAACAAGUUCUAUUAAGUAUCUGUUUAAGUAUGUACACAAGGAUAAUGACCGCGUAACAGCUACCCUAUACAAUGCUGGUGAUCCGUCAGAAGCCACACAAGUUGUUGACGAAAUUAGGAAUUACUACGAUUCUGUAGUUUAUGGUGAAACUUCUACUGUGAAUGAUAUCGUCAAAAGAGCAAUAUCUCAUAAGUCCAUGUUUUUGGGAUGGAUGGCGGCGAACAAGUCAUAUCCCUAUGCUCGAAGUCUGACUUAUGCUGAGUUUCCAACCAAAUUUGUUUGGAAGGACGAUUCUUCAAAGUGGUUUCCUCGAAAGAAAGGCUUCGCAAUUGGAAGGUUGACUCAUGUACCUGCAGAGUUAACAAUGUCAGAUGAUGAGAUUAAGCAGUUGUGCUUAAUGGAUAUAGACAAAAUCUUAUAUUCCUAUGGUAAAACCUUGAAAGACUAUCCUCCUAUGCCUUUAGCAACUGAAGUUGAUAGUUCUUUGUUAACCGAAAGGGUUAUUAGGGAAGAGCUAAACUUUAACAUGAAUGAUUUAAAGAAAAAUGCCUCAGGCAUGUUAGCCAUCGCAACACAUGAGCAGAGAUAUGCAUUUGAUAAAAUUGUUACAGUUGUGUAUUGUGAUGAAGGGGGUUUUUUCUUUGUGUAUGGUCAUUGGGGUACUAGAAAAAUAUUUAUCUGGAACCUUAUGUCUGCUGAGAUUCGUUCAAUGGGUGAAAUAGUGUUAAACGUUGCUUCGAGUGGUAUUGCAUCUUUACUUCUUCCCAAUGGAAGAACAGCACACUCAAGGUUCAAAAUACCGCUGAAUAUAACCGAGGAUUCUAUAUGUAACAUCAACCCUGGUUUUCCUCAAACAAUGUUGCUGUUGAAAGCCAAACUUAUAAUUUGGGAUGAGGCUCUAAUGGUUAGUAGGUACUGCUAUGAAGCACUUGAUAAAUGCUUGGGUGAUAUCAUGAGGUCUUCUCUAACAUAUAAAAAAGAUUUGCCCUUUGGAGAAAAAGUGGUUGUACUAGGUGGAGACUUUAGACAAAUUCUUCCUGUCAUUCCACAAGGAUCGAGACAAGAUAUCGUUCAUUCAACCGUGAAUUUGUCUUACCUUUGGAAGUUUUGUCAGGUGCCCAAACUAACAAAAAACAUGAGACUCUCUGUAGGGACGACUGCUUAA